UGAGAGGAUUGUGAGAAUUAACGAGGAAAAUGGGAGGAGGUGUGAGGGUAAGGACGUUAGAGGUGGCGAUUCUAGUGGUUGCGUUUGCGUCUGCGUCUGCGACUGCGUUUGCAUAUAAUAACUAUGGAGAAGCACUUGACAAGACGUUCAUGUUCUUCGAGGCUCAGCGGUCGGGGAAGUUGCCUGCGUCUCAGCGCGUGAAGUGGCGUGGCGAUUCGGCUCUCAAGGACGGUCUCUCCCAAGGGGUGAAUCUUGUGGGAGGGUACUAUGAUGCCGGAGAUCAUGUGAAGUUCGGGCUACCGAUGGCGUUUACGGUGACGAUGCUCUCGUGGGCGGCUGUCGAUUUCCGCAGAGAGCUAGUCGGGUCGAACCAAAUGCAGCAGACGUUAACGUCGAUCCGAUGGGGGACCGAUUACUUCCUCAGGGCUCAUCCUCAAGAAAAUCUCCUCUGGGCUCAGGUCGGGGACGGGGAGUCCGACCAUUACUGCUGGGAACGAGCUGAAGACAUGACGACUUCUAGAACUUCUUACAAGCUCGACGAGUACAGUCCCGGUUCCGACUUAGCCGGCGAGACCGCCGCCUCGUUGGCCGCCGCUUCCUUAGCCUUCAAGCCCUUCGACUCUUCUUACUCCGAUCUCCUCUUGCUUCAUGCCAAACAGCUCUUUCAAUUCGCCGAUAAAUACAGAGGACUGUACACAGAUUCGAUCCCGAAUGCAAAAGCGUUCUACAUGUCAUCGGGGUACUCGGACGAACUGCUGUGGGCAUCGACGUGGCUGUACCGAGCAACUGGAGACCAGUAUUACCUGAAGUACGUUGUCGAAAACGCAGGAUACAUGGGAGGAACGGGAUGGGCGAUGAAGGAAUUCUCUUGGGACAACAAAUAUGCCGGCGUUCAGAUCCUUCUUACUAAGAUUUUGUUGGACGGAAAGGGCGGUGAGUACACGCCGGUGCUUAAGCAAUAUCAGACCAAAGCCGAUUACUUUGCUUGCGCUUGUCUCGAGAAGAACGGCGGCUAUAACAUUCAGAAAACGCCUGGCGGCCUUAUGUACGUUCGAGAAUGGAACAACAUGCAGUACGUUUCCGCAGCCGCUUUCCUUCUCGCUGUCUACUCUGACUACCUCUCUGCAGCCAACGCUAAACUCAAUUGCCCUGACGGCUCGUUCUCCCCUCAACUGCUUCUCGAUUUCGCCAAAUCUCAGGCUGAUUAUAUCCUCGGGAUGAACCCGCGGGGAAUGAGCUAUCUCGUCGGGUACGGACCAAAAUACCCUUAUCAAGUCCACCACCGAGGUGCGUCCAUCACUUCAAUCUUCCUGCUCCGUUCUUCUGUAAGCUGCGUUCAAGGAUUCGACUCAUGGUAUAGACGUCCUCAAGCCAAUCCCAACAUUAUCCACGGCGCCCUCGUGGGAGGGCCCGACCAGAACGAUAACUUCGACGAUGACCGAUCGAAUUACGAGCAGACUGAGCCAACAUUGUCGGGAACUGCCCCUCUCGUCGGCCUUUUCGCCAAACUAUCGGGAAAAUUAGGGUCUUAUGGAAGAACGCCUUCUUCUUCUUCUCCGCCUUAUCAAUCAACAAAAACGCCAUCUCAAGAAUCUCCGGUUUCCUAUCAGAAAACAACACCGAGUUCUUACACUGCAAAACCAACGGGUGCAUCCGUUGAGUUCUUACAUUCAAUAACCAACACAUGGAUGGACAAGAACACGAGGUAUUACCGACACAAAGUGAUCGUAAAGAACACGUCUCGGGUACCGAUAACGGGUCUGCAACUAUUGAUCCGAGACCUCGAGGGACCUAUAUGGGGUCUGAACCCGACGAGCGGGGAGAAGAAUGUUUAUGAGCUUCCGCCAUGGGUGAAACAGCUUGGACCAGGACAGACUUAUACUUUUGUCUACGUUCAAGGUGGCCCUCAAGCUAAGGUUUCAGUCUUGAGUUACCACUGAUCCAAAAAAGAUCUGAUCUUUUGCUUUGCCCAUUUCAUUGUUUUUGUGUAUUCUGCAUGAAGAAUGUAGAUAGAGAGAGAGCUCUUUAAGACAGCCGUGAGAGGAACACAAACAUGUUCAUGAAUACUUUCAGUUUGUUGUAUAGGUUAAAAUGGGUGAAUGAUCUGGUUUUCAAUAGAUACAAAACGUACGAAUUUUGAAAUAAAUUCAUGACAGGCCGAGGGAAUUGCAAAAUAGAGCACAGAGAAUUCCAAAUUCAUCAAAUGGACCCGGUUAAGACAAGGAUACCAACCGGUUAAAGAUUUCUAAUAGAUCCCAAAAGAAAACCAAAAUUGUGACAGAGCAAGUUCAAACCCUAAAAAGAACACUUGUAUCUAAAACAGGAAAUAUAAAAAUGGUAACGAGUAUCAUCAUUUU